AUGAAGCUUGAAGUCCAAGUUAUCUCAAAGGACACUGUCAAACCUUCAUCUCCAACCCUUCAACAUCUCCACCACUACCAGCUUUCCUUCCUCGGUCAACUUCAACCUCUAGUUUUCAUGCCCCUGGUUUUCUGCUACCUAAAUUACAAUGAAGCUAAUCAUAGCAAUGUAGAACAAAGUGACAGGAUUAAGAAAUCCUUAGCAGAUGCUUUAACCCGAUUCCACAUGCUAGCAAGACGGGUUAAGGACAAUCUUUGUAUAGAUUGCAAUGAUGAGGGCGUCCACUACGUGGAAGCCAAGGUUAAGUGCAGUCUUUCCGAAUUUCUUGUGAGUCCAACCCCUUGUGAGCUCAAUAUGUUUCUUCCAUUUGAAUUGGCCGAGGUUAAUGAGUUACCUACAUCAAUCCAAGUCACCUUCUUCAACUGUGGUGGUCUUACGAUUGGUAUACUAAUGUCCUACAGAAUUAUAGAUGCCUUAUCUUUCAUCUUGUUUCUCAAGAGUUGGUCUGCUAUUGCAUGUGGUGAUGGCAACAUAGUGAGUCCUCCAAUGGAUUCUGCCAAGCUAUUCCCACCACAAGAUUUAUCUGGCUUCAAUCCGAAUAUUGGGAUUGUUAGGUUUGUCUUUGAUGCAUCAGCUAUAGCAGAAAUUAGAGGCAAAUGCAGUUCUGACGACAAGAGCAUUGAAUAUUCACGUUCGACGAGCGUUGAGGCCUUAUCCGCUUUCAUAUGGAGCCGCUUCAUGGCUGCUACUCAACCAAAACCAGACCCAAAUAAGAUCUACAGUAUUAUUCAUGCUGUGAACUUGCGAACCAAGACAGACCCGCCUCUUCCAUAUGAUUACUUUGGUAAUAUUUGUCGGAUUGCUAUGUCAGUACCAUCGAGAGACAUCGAGGAGGGCUUUCAUGGCAUUAUUAAACCAAUAAGAGAAGCGAUUAAGAAAAUCGAUGGGAAUUUUGUUAAAAUGCUCCAAAAAGGUGAUUUGUACUUAAAAUAUGUCAAAGAGAACUCCUCUAUCUUCCAAAAAGGGGAGCUGCUUACGCUUUCCUUCACCAGCUUGUGCAAGUUUCCUCUCUAUGAGGUUGAUUUUGGGUGGGGGAAACCUGCAUGGGUUAGCUCAUCUAAAUUAACGUUCAAGAAUUUAGUUAGUUUCAUUGACACUAAAUCGGGGGAUGGAAUAGAGGCAUGGUUUAACUUGAAAGAGGAAGAUAUGGCUAAAUUAGAAACCGAUAAGGAGCUCCUUGCCUAUGUUUCUCCAUUGAAUCUCGUCUGGGAAAAAACGGCUUCUACUAUUCUUUUCUUUUCUGUUAUUUGUUUUCCUCAUUGA